AUGGUUCGUUACGCUGCUACUCCUGCUAACCCAGCUAAGUCUGUUUCUGCUCGUGGUUCAUACUUGAGAGUUUCUUACAAGAACACUCGUGAAACCGCUCAAGCUAUCUCCGGUUGGAAGUUAGAAAGAGCUCAAAAAUACUUGACUCAAGUUUUAGAACACCAAAGAGCCAUCCCAUUCCGUCGUUUCAACUCUUCCAUUGGUAGAACCGCUCAAGGUAAGGAAUUCGGUGUCACCAAGGCUAGAUGGCCAGCCAAGUCUGUUAACUUCAUCAAGGAUUUAUUGACCAACGCUACCUCCAACGCUGAAGCCAAGGGUUUAGACGUUUCUAAAUUAAAGAUCUCCCACAUCCAAGUUAACCAAGCUCCAAAGCAAAGAAGAAGAACUUACAGAGCCCACGGUAGAAUUAACGCCUACCAAUCUUCCCCAUCUCACAUUGAAUUAAUCUUAACUGAAGAAUCCGAAGCUGUUGAAAAGUCUGACGAUUCCAAGAAGGUUAGAUUAAACUCUAGACAAAAGGGUAGAUUAUCCGCUCAAAAACGUUUAACUGCUGCUUAA